GAUAAACGUUACAAUAGCGAAAAACGUUUGAGGAGUCACGACGCAGAAGGCGUCCGGAGGUGUUGCGAUAAGUUCUAGGAAAAUGGCUACGUCUGACUCCAAAGCGCCUUUGCGGACGGUGAAACGCGUCCAAUUCGGCAUUCUUUCGCCGGAUGAAAUACGUCGUAUGUCAGUCACAGAUGGCGGCAUACGAUUUCCAGAAACCAUGGAAGGUGGCCGCCCUAAAUUGGGCGGUCUCAUGGAUCCAAGACAAGGUGUUAUUGACAGAAAUUCCAGAUGUCAAACAUGCGCUGGUAAUAUGACAGAAUGCCCUGGCCAUUUUGGUCAUAUAGAUCUUGCAAAGCCAGUAUUUCAUGUUGGAUUCAUUACAAAGACCAUCAAGAUAUUGAGAUGUGAGUGUUUCUACUGCUCUAAACUGCUUGUUGGCCCUCAUAAUCCAAAAAUUAAAGAAAUUGUCAUGAAGACAAAGGGACAGCCGCGGAAGCGACUUGCAUUUGUUUAUGAUCUAUGUAAAAGCAAGAACAUUUGCGAAGGUGGAGAUGAAAUGGAUAUUAACAAAGAGAAUGCGGAAAGUCAGCCACAGAUGGAAAGGAAACCUGGCCACGGAGGUUGUGGUAGAUAUCAACCUAAUCUCAGACGAUCUGGGUUGGACGUCACUGCAGAAUGGAAGCAUGUGAAUGAAGAUACACAGGAGAAGAAGAUAAAUCUUUCAGCCGAGAGAGCGUGGGAAAUUCUCAAACACAUCAAGGACGAGGAAUCCUUCAUCCUGGGCAUGGAUCCGAAAUUUGCCCGACCAGAUUGGAUGAUAGUUACUGUACUUCCCGUACCACCGUUGUCUGUCAGACCCGCAGUAAUCAUGUACGGCUCUGCCAAGAAUCAGGAUGACUUGACUCACAAACUAGCGGAUAUCAUCAAGUCGAACAACGAAUUGCUGCGAAACGAGCAGUCCGGUGCGGCAGCACACGUGAUCUUGGAGAACAUAAAGAUGCUGCAGUUUCACGUAGCGACGCUCGUCGACAACGACAUGCCGGGUAUGCCACGGGCGAUGCAAAAGUCGGGGAAACCACUCAAGGCGAUCAAGGCCCGGCUGAAGGGAAAGGAGGGGAGAAUUCGAGGAAACCUGAUGGGGAAACGUGUGGACUUCUCUGCGCGCACCGUCAUCACACCAGAUCCCAAUUUGCGCAUCGACCAAGUAGGCGUGCCGCGCAGUAUAGCGCAGAACUUGACAUUCCCCGAAAUUGUGACGCCUUUCAACAUUGACAAAAUGCAGAUAUUAGUCAGGCGGGGCAAUUCGCAGUAUCCCGGCGCGAAGUACAUCGUACGCGACAACGGUGAGAGGAUUGAUCUGCGCUUCCACCCCAAGACAUCGGAUCUGCACUUGCAGUGCGGCUACAGAGUGGAACGGCACAUCCGCGACGGCGAUCUCGUGAUCUUCAACCGUCAGCCGACGCUGCACAAAAUGAGUAUGAUGGGUCACCGCGUGAAGGUGUUACCCUGGAGCACAUUCCGUAUGAAUCUGAGCUGCACGUCGCCUUAUAAUGCCGACUUUGACGGCGACGAAAUGAAUCUACACGUGCCACAAUCGAUGGAGACUCGCGCGGAGGUCGAAAACAUUCACGUGACACCGCGCCAGAUCAUAACCCCGCAAGCGAACAAACCGGUCAUGGGUAUCGUGCAGGAUACUUUAACAGCCGUGAGGAAGAUGACGAAACGCGACGUUUUCAUCGAGAAGGAGCAGAUGAUGAAUCUGCUCAUGUUUCUGCCCAGCUGGGACGGCAAGAUGCCGCAGCCGUGCAUCCUGAAGCCGAAACCACUGUGGACCGGCAAGCAAUUGUUCUCUCUUAUCAUUCCGGGGAAUGUGAACAUGAUACGGACGCACAGCACUCAUCCAGACGAGGAGGACGACGGCCCGUACAAAUGGAUCUCGCCGGGCGACACCAAAGUAAUGGUCGAGCACGGAGAGCUCGUGAUGGGUAUUCUCUGCAAGAAGACCCUGGGUACGUCCGCCGGAUCGUUGCUUCACAUCUGUAUGCUGGAGCUGGGCCACGAGGUAUGCGGACGCUUCUACGGCAACAUUCAAACUGUCAUCAACAACUGGUUGCUGCUGGAGGGUCACUCAAUCGGUAUCGGCGACACUAUUGCCGAUCCACAGACAUACUUGGAAAUCCAGAAGGCGAUCAAGAAGGCCAAGGAGGACGUGAUAGAGGUGAUCCAGAAGGCGCACAAUAUGGAGCUGGAGCCUACUCCCGGUAACACGCUGCGUCAGACUUUCGAGAAUCAAGUGAACAGAAUCCUAAACGACGCUCGAGACAAAACCGGUGGUUCCGCCAAGAAAUCUCUUACUGAAUACAACAACUUGAAGGCUAUGGUGGUGUCGGGCUCGAAAGGCUCCAACAUUAAUAUCUCACAGGUUAUCGCUUGCGUGGGUCAACAAAACGUUGAAGGUAAACGAAUACCCUUCGGUUUCCGCAAGAGGACCCUGCCGCAUUUCAUAAAAGACGACUACGGACCCGAGUCUCGCGGUUUCGUCGAAAACUCGUACCUCGCCGGUCUCACGCCGUCGGAGUUUUACUUUCACGCUAUGGGCGGUCGUGAGGGUCUUAUCGAUACCGCCGUAAAGACGGCCGAGACCGGUUACAUCCAGCGUCGUCUGAUAAAGGCUAUGGAGUCGGUGAUGGUGCACUACGACGGCACCGUGCGUAACUCCGUCGGCCAGUUGAUCCAGCUGCGCUACGGCGAGGACGGCCUCUGCGGUGAGACCGUGGAGUUUCAGAAUCUGCCCACCAUCAAGGUGAGCAACAAGGCCUUCGAGAAGAAAUUUAAGUUCGAUCCAACCAACGAACGAUACCUGCGACGCAUAUUCAACGAGGAUAUCGUCCGGGAGAUGAUGGGUUCCGGCGAGGUGAUCUCCGAGCUGGAGAGAGAGUGGGAACAGUUGAACAAGGAUCGCGCCGUGCUCCGAGAGAUCUUCCCGAGCGGUGAGUCCAAGGUCGUGCUACCGUGCAAUUUGCAGAGGAUGAUUUGGAACGUACAGAAGAUUUUCCACAUCAACAAACGAGCGCCGACUGAUCUUAGUCCCAUGAGGGUGAUCCAGGGCGUGAAGGACCUUCUGGAUAAAUGCAUCAUCGUCGCCGGAGAUGACAGACUGAGCAAACAGGCGAACGAGAACGCAACUUUACUAUUCCAGUGCUUGGUUCGAUCUACUUUAUGCACGAAAUGCGUCUCCGAGGAGUUUAGGCUGUCCAGCGAAGCUUUUGAAUGGUUGAUUGGAGAAAUUGAGACGCGAUUCCAGCAGGCUCAGGUGUCACCCGGUGAAAUGGUCGGCGCUUUGGCAGCGCAGUCUCUCGGCGAGCCCGCCACUCAGAUGACACUGAACACUUUCCACUUUGCCGGUGUGUCAUCGAAGAACGUAACUCUCGGUGUGCCUCGAUUGAAAGAAAUCAUUAAUAUUAGUAAAAAACCGAAAGCGCCGUCGCUCACGGUGUUCCUGACGGGCGCAGCCGCGCGAGACGCUGAGAAGGCGAAGAAUGUACUUUGCCGACUCGAGCACACGACGCUGAAGAAAGUGACGGCCAACACGGCGAUUUAUUACGAUCCGGAUCCGCAAAAUACAGUAAUCUCGGAGGAUCAGGAAUUCGUCAACGUGUAUUACGAGAUGCCUGACUUCGACCCCACGAAAAUCUCGCCGUGGUUGCUGCGUAUCGAGUUGGACAGAAAACGGAUGACCGACAAGAAGCUGACGAUGGAGCAAAUCGCGGAGAAAAUCAACGCCGGCUUCGGCGAUGAUCUAAAUUGCAUAUUCAACGACGACAACGCCGAGAAGCUGGUGCUGCGAAUUAGGAUAAUGAACAGCGACGACAACAAGUUCCAGGAGACGGACGAGGAAACCGUAGAUAAGAUGGAAGAUGACAUGUUUUUACGAUGCAUCGAAGCGAACAUGCUUAGUGACAUGACUUUGCAGGGUAUCGAAGCUAUCGGCAAGGUUUAUAUGCAUUUACCACAAACAGACUCCAAGAAGCGCAUUGUUAUCACGGACACAGGCGAAUUUAAGGCUAUCGCGGAAUGGCUUUUGGAAACAGACGGGACGAGCUUGAUGAAAGUAUUGAGCGAGAGAGACGUGGAUCCUGUAAGGACCUUCAGUAACGAUAUCUGCGAAAUAUUCCAAGUGCUCGGCAUCGAGGCUGUGCGGAAGUCCGUAGAAAAAGAAAUGAAUGCGGUGUUGCAGUUUUAUGGUCUUUAUGUAAAUUAUCGACAUCUUGCUUUACUGUGCGAUGUUAUGACGGCGAAGGGCCAUCUCAUGGCAAUUACACGUCACGGAAUUAACAGACAAGAUACCGGAGCCCUUAUGAGGUGCUCCUUUGAAGAAACAGUCGAUGUCUUAUUGGAUGCUGCAUCUCAUGCAGAGGUAGAUCCAAUGCGGGGAGUAUCUGAAAACAUUAUUAUGGGACAACUUCCGCGUAUUGGGACAGGAUGCUUCGAUUUAUUAUUGGACGCGGAGAAAUGCAAAGCUGGUAUCGAGAUUCCGAUGGCGGUUGGCGCAGGUAUGAUGGGAACAGCAGGAAUGUUCUUCGGCAGUGUAACUGGUAUGUCAAGUAUGAGUCCUCAGAUGACUCCUUGGAUGGGAGCUACUCCAGGUUACGGUGCCUCAAGCAUGUCACCCGCUUUGAGCAGUGGCAUGACUCCAGGAGGUGCGUGUUUCUCGCCGUCGGGCGCGUCGGACGCGUCGGGCUUAUCGCCGGCAUAUUCUGCUUAUUCACCGCAGCCGGGAAGCCCGGGUAGUCCGGGGCCCAGCAUGAGCCCGUUCCCGAUGUCACCAGCAGGCGCAGCCUCACCUAGCUACUCACCGACAUCGCCUGCGUAUCUGCCCACGUCUCCCAGCAUGACACCGUCGAGUCCGAACUACUCGCCCACGAGUCCGACUUACUCGCCGACCAGCCCGAACUAUUCGCCGACGUCGCCAAGCUACUCGCCGACAAGUCCGAGUUAUUCACCGACGUCACCCAGUUACUCGCCGACAAGUCCGAGUUAUUCACCGACGUCACCCAGUUACUCGCCGACCAGUCCCAGUUAUUCGCCCACGUCGCCGAGUUACUCGCCGACUUCGCCGAGCUACUCGCCCACAUCGCCAAGUUACUCACCGACUUCACCAAGCUAUUCGCCAACCUCACCGAGUUAUUCGCCGACAUCACCAAGCUACUCGCCGACAUCACCAAGUUACUCACCGACAAGUCCAAGUUAUUCUCCUACGUCGCCGAGUUACUCACCGACCUCGCCGAGCUACUCGCCUAGUUCGCCCAACUAUACACCCGCGUCGCCUUCAUACUCACCUACUUCACCCAGUUACUCGCCGAGUUCACCGCAGUAUUCGCCCGCGAGUCCGAGUUACUCACCUAGCAGUCCAAAAUAUUCGCCGACAAGUCCGAGUUACUCGCCUACCUCGCCGUCGUUCGCCGGCACGUCACCGCAAUAUACGCCCGCGAGUCCCACUUACUCGCCGACCAGUCCGACAUAUUCGCCCACAAGUCCAUCCUACUCGCCGAGCUCGCCACAGCACACGGCAUCAGGCAGUACACGUUACUCGCCCAGCAGUCCGAAUUAUUCGCCUACCAGUCCGACAUAUUCGCCCACGAGCCCGCAGUAUUCACCGUCGAGCACCAAAUAUUCACCUACGAGUCCAACUUACACACCCACGAGUCCCAGCUACUCGCCGACAAGUCCAACGUACUCGCCGCCGGUGCCAGGAUACUCACCCACGAGUCCUACGUACUCACCAGCGUCACCCGCUUACGAGACAGAUGAUUAAUAAUGACAAUUGCUGCGAGAUACGGUUAAUGGUUAAGAAUUUUCAAAUUAGUAAAGAGCUUUUUUACAAAUUCUUUUUUUCGAUAAAUACAUAUUUUGGAUUUGUAAUCCAAAUCAAAAUUAUUCGGUUCAAAGUGCUCAGUUUUUUCACAAAUUAUUCCAUGAUCAUCUAUAAACAAAUUUUUAUUCUUGAACAAAUGUGCAAUGCGAUUUUGUUGGUUAUUGCAGUUUCGCAAGAUUGCGGAGAGGAAUUCAUCACACUAGACGAUCGUCGGAAACACAUCGAAAAUUUCAACAAUGUACAAAGUGAUGAAGAGCAAAAGCGGUCUCGAAGUCACAUCCUUUCAGCUCAACGGUAUUUUCUCAUGAUUUAUGUUGCAGUGUGUUAUACCCUCUUAUGAUAUAGUACUGAAGCAAACAAUAAUUAUCAUGAUAAGAUAGUUCUCGGAUUUAUUAUCACUUUACGCCACAAUGAUUCGAUACUUUAUCGAAAAUAUGAAAGAUCUACAAUAUAAAACAUUUACAAGUUGACAAAUACUAUAACUUUUAAAAAAGUUUUACCCUUUGGAAAUAAAUAGUAUAACAUUAAAAAUAAUAGCAAGAUAACAUAUGAUUAAAAUAUACAAUAUAAAAUGCACGUGGCAUUUUGGUUGUUGCUGUUAUUCGAUUUCCGUCAGUUCGCCGAUUGCAAAAAAAAAAUAACAUAUUUCCUAUACUUUCACACAUUUUUCGAUUUAAUUUAGAUUGCUUUUUGAAGAAAGUUAUCUAUAUUGAAGAAAAUAUAUAUACUAUAGCAUAGUAAAGAAAAUAUGUUACAGACAGAGGUGCAUUCAGUAAGGAAGACCCACAAUGUACUUUAGCAAGCAAACGUGAAUCGAAACAGCAACAUUCAAAAUGCCACAUGCAUUUUACAACGUAUACUUUUUUCAGACUAUUAUUGUCAUUCUGUUGCAUUCUAUUUAUUUUUUAAGUCACCAGUAAAAUUUUGUUAAAUUUACUGUAACUUAACUCGUUAACUUGCAAAAUGCGCAAGUCGUGUGUAUCGUAGGUCUUCUUUGCUACUGCCCUUCCAUUUGGAGUAAGUAAUACGUGAUUCGAUAUCAAGUUACCUUGGCGCGAUACCGCAGGAGAGAACCGGUCCGAGAAUUCUUACCAUGACGCCAGUAAUGAAUAUCGGUUACUUCAGUACUUCAGCGAUAUCAUAGUGAACGCACUGCAAUAUGAAUCGCAAAAAAAUACCGUUGCGCUGGAAGGAUGCGAGUUCGGGAUUGUCCUUGUUCUUCGCCACCCUGUGCAUCAUCGACAUUUUCGGCGUGUUUCCGAUAAUCGCGCUACCGCGAGCGAUCAUCCAGUGCGGUGAGCCUUUUCUUUGCAAUCUCGUAAAAUUGCUCGCGCGAUGAUUGUAAUUUUUAUCAGAAUAAGUUUUUUAUAGACUUGAGCACACAUGUAUUUAUCGAAGUUAGAAAAAUUUGUAAAAAAGCAAGAAACUAUGCUAAGGGAGGAUUGAUUGAUUUGUACGAUUGUAUAUUUGUGAUUAUAUUAUUAUAUACGUGAUAAGUUAAGAUCUUAAUUAAUUAAACGUCUUAGAUAAUAAUGAACGAUACUUGUGUUAAUCAACGCUUGUAUGUAAUAAAAAAUAUCUUGG